AUGGAUGACCAGCGAACGUUUACGCCAGCCUUAGACCAGUUUGGAGAGCUCCGACAGACAAGAUCUGCCUCAGAAUAUGCAGCACAAUUUCGCGCCAUUGCCGAAAAGUUAACGUUCAAUGACGCACUUUUAAUGGAAAUGUUUUAUCGUGGUUUAAAGGACAACGUGAAAGAUGUUAUCUGCAUGAAAGACCGGCCGGAGACACUCGACGAAUACAUCAAGAAUGUGGUUCAAAUCGACAACCAAUUAUACGCCCGUCGUGUGGAAAAGCGGUCUGGACGGCCUUGA